CCCACCCUCACUGCCGGACAACGGCAUGCCUUCCUCUCUCGACGGCGACAAGCGGCGCCGACGAAAGCACCACGACGAGCGGGACAAGGAGAGGUCGACUCGAUCAUCGCAUAAGUCCUCUUCCUCCACCAAGCUCUCUUCUUCUUCUGCCAAGCGGAAGCCUGCUGCCAGCCGCGAACGAGCACGCGACCAGACUCCGCUCGAUCAGACCCCAACAGCGGCGAAGAAGGCGGUGUCCAUGACGGUGCCGGAGCUGGAUCGUCGGUCGAGCAGCGGCGAGGCUCACCCCUCAUAUCCCACCUUCAGCAAGGCCCAUAGUCGGGAAGCGGUGGGCAGUAGGGAGGAUGUUGGCAAGCCCAAAGCAGAUCCGGUCACGCCGGAUGCUACAGAUCUGGGCAAGGAGGAGGACAAGCGGAGGAGGCCCAUGUCUGCGCAACCAACACGAGCACCGCCCAGUCCACCGCUGACUGCAGACGACCCGGAGCCUAGAAGACCUGACAGCAGCAGAAGUAAGAGGUCAAGCGUGGAGGAUGUCAGGCUGAACAUGGACAGCCCGAGAAAGAGCGCGGAUGGUGGGCAUCGUUCAUCCAAACGCGGCGUGAAUGGGGUCAAGAGUGCAAAGUCGGGUGGCAGUCUACGGAAAGAGCAUCGCUUUGACUCUGAGAUUUCAAGUAUGCCAGGAACCUAUACGGACGAUGAGCGCAAGUCGACGCCAGUCAGCAACUACCGUAGGACAGAAUCUACGGCUUCGCGUGAUCCGUCAAUAUUGACUGAAGGGACUACCGAUUCCGAUGCGACAUCAAUCGCUCCCGACAGGAAACCAAGCAGACAGAGCAGGCGGCCAGUCAACGUGGUGAAUACAGAGGAGUAUUCUCCUCCGUCUGUGACAGAUUCGCAGCCAAGGACGCCUAUUCAAGAGUACUCUUUACCUCCAAACGUGCGAGCAACACCAAUCAUCGACGUAGGAACGGGGAACAGUCACGGCAGAUCACUUCCCACGCCAUUGACAGCCAGACAAAUGCCUCCACCACCUCCGCCUCCUCCAGUGACAGGUCCGAGGGAGGCUCCGCGCGUAGACUAUCUGCUCAAGAAUGGUGGCCUGCCUGUACCAGUUCCUCGGCGGCUAGUGCAGACUGGUCCGACCGUACAGCCAUUCAGCGUGUAUCAAUCUCCCGCUCUUGGGCAAACCGCACCCAUGGAGGAGUACGCAAAAGUGUUUGGUUCCAUACAUAAGAGGCUGGACGAUUAUCUCCACGUUUUACAAGGGAAUGGCUCUGUGGCUGUGGCUACUGGUUACAAGUCUGUCGCGAGAAGGUUGCUUGACAAGUUGUCGCAAGUCUUCGCUCGAGACAUCUCUUCGCAGCGUUGCGACUGCGUGGUUUGCAAGGUCACUCCACAACCCAGUCUCUCUGAUGAAGAGGACACGGGUAUAAGCUGGGGAGAGAUUCUAGAAUUCGUAGCAGGUCGUCGUGAGCUGCCACCGUGGCCACCGUUCUCGAUCGAGCCAGACGACAGUGGGCUGGGAAUAUCCGGAGCAACUCUGGCGCCUAUGCAAAAACUGGACAUUGACGUCCCAGAAGAAUACAAGGAUCACUAUAUCCGACAAAACCAGAAGACGAAGCGAGCAGUGCAAAGCUGGCUCUCACAACAACCAGAGUUUCCAAGCAGCCCACCAGAGGAAGCAGAUGAAGAUACGCUCAUGUUCGCCAUGAUGACGAAGCUCAGCAACCGUCAACGGAAUCUAUUCAUCGCUCUCAUGCACGGCCAAAGCACUGUGCCAGCGUCGAGAGCCCCCACGCCCGCCGAACGGCCAGCUACCGCGUCUACCGCGUUACGCAGAGCUCGAACUGCCUUGCAAAGGCUCUACAGGCUCGAAAGGCCACCGCGUGACUGCGAGGCUGCCAUGUAUCUGUUGAAUAACCCACCUCUGCACAGCAUGCUGGCCACGCUUGCAGAGGUUAAUGAAGCAGAGUGGGACAUACUCACGUCAGGCAGGUUCGAUGGCUUCCUAUGGUCUGGGGCGGAGUCGGGCUUCCCUCCCUCUGCAUCUGCAUAUGCCGCGUCAGCAGCUUCACGCGGUCCUUCACGCGGCCAAAACCACACGCCUUUCUCGCGGAACGGCACGCCUUUUAGCGGGUUCAGUGCUGUUCCAUCACGUGGCACAACGCCAUUUGAGGUGGGCGGCGAACAAGUCCCAUCCAUGUUCCCCACGCGCGGCCCAACGCCAGGACCCGGCAUGGGUGUGGCACCACCCGCGCCAGUGCAACUGGACGAAGACACAGAGAUUGCAGUAGCGGCCGAGCUCGAGCGCAAUCUGUUCAUGGACAUGGAACGUCUGGAAGAUGCGUUUGAAAUUCUGCAUGGUCGUGCUGAGCUUGUGCGACAGAUGCUGCGAGAGCGCUCUGCGGGCCUUUCAGCGCAAGCACAAGCUCGUCGUGGCAGCGGCUUCGAUCCAGUCGGUGUGCGCUUGGACACACCAGCGAGUGGCAUUACCGAUAUCGAAGAAGGAGAAGACGAUGGUAUGCCAGACGACAUGGAAAGUCUGGCACCGGAUGAUAGCGCUUCACAGAUCAGCAAUAACCGCAUGCGUCGGCAUCGCGAUCGCAAGCGAACUCCAGCGCCCGAGAUGGUGCCCGAAGAAGACGAGAGCGUAUUUGAAGAACAGCAAGAACGCACGAGAAGGGAGAAGACGGCUUCGAGGAGUAGUGGUCGCCGGUCGAAAUACUGACAAUCAGCGGACUCCAUCUCGACGUCGCCGGUGAAAGUGGUGAAGCCACCGGGGGUGAAGAGAUCGGUGUCCUCACGCCUUGAUGAAAUCUCACGUACAUACUUUGGUGGUGGUGGUGCGAUGAAAUAGUGGUACGGUUGGCGAGCAUUGCAAGCAACUAAGCAUAGUGGAGCGUUCUUGUCUCUCUGACUCUCUCCGUGUGUGUAUCUGUGUGCAUAGCGGAAUGGCGUUUCUGUUUUUGAUUAUGAUUAGAUGAGUAUGAAGUAAUGGGAUGAGAUGACCGAUGCAGUACCCUUUGUUCACUCUUGGUGGUGGUGGUGGCAGAAGCAGUGGUAUGUAGUGAUAGUAAUCUUUACAUACAGUAGGUAAAUGCCAAAGAGGCUGCCGACGACGCUUCCUCUGAUGA